AUGCCCUACCUACACAGCAAUGGAGGAGUGGUACUCGGGGUUCAAUCUGGGCCUCAACUCCUAAACUGGAAUGGGACGCAGGACUUUCCAGUGACGCUUGUAACGAAGCAAGAGGUGUUGUACCCUCUAAUGCACCUCAUAAAUUCAAGGCAGAAAAAACGUUCACGAGGGAUGGAUCAGUCCCAGACAUGA